GCGCAGCGCCGCGUGACGUCACGGCCGCCGCCGCCGCCAUGGCCGCCCGCAGGGCGCUGCACUUCGUCUUCAAAGUGGGAGACCGGGCCCGCACGGCGCGGUUCUACCGGGAGCUGCUCGGCAUGAGGGUGCUGCGGCACGAGGAGUUCGAGGAGGGCUGCAAGGCCACCUGCAACGGCCCUUAUGAUGGAAAGUGGAGCAAGACCAUGGUGGGCUAUGGACCAGAGGACAAUCACUUUGUGGUAGAGCUGACUUACAAUUAUGGCAUUGGGGAAUAUCGCCUGGGCAACGACUUCCUGGGCAUCACUCUGGUGUCCAGCCAGGCUGUGAGCAAUGCCAAGAAGAUGGGCUGGCCUCUCAAAGAGGUCACCUCUGGUGUCUUUGAAACUGAAGCCCCAGGAGGAUACAAGUUCUACCUGGAAGACAAGGAACAGCUCAGGCAAGAUCCUGUGUGGAAGGUAACCCUGGGUGUCUCAAACCUGCAGAAGUCUGUGAGCUACUGGUCUGGCUUGCUUGGGAUGAAAAUAUAUGAGAAGGAUGAGGAGAAACAAAGAGCUUUGCUGGGCUAUGCUGAUAACCAGUGCAAGCUGGAGCUGAGGGCUGUAGGAGGGGCAGUGGAUCACGGGACAGCGUUCGGCCGCGUCGCCUUCUCCUGCGCCAAGGACGAGCUGCCAAGCAUUGAAGCCCUGAUGAAAAAGGAGAACCAGAAGAUUCUGACACCUCUGGUCAGCUUGGACACGCCUGGCAAAGCCACGGUGCAGGUGGUGAUUCUGGCUGAUCCUGAUGGCCAUGAAGUCUGCUUUGUGGGAGAUGAAGCCUUCAGAGAGCUGUCCCAGGUGGACCCUAAUGGUGACAAGCUGUUGGAUGAUGCCAUGGCUGCAGACAACAGUGACCAGUGGUUUGCUGAGCACAACAGGAAGAAAGUUUCAGCUUAGCUGGAGGAAUGGCCUGGGCUGCUCCUGCGGGCCUUGGAGCUCUUCCAAGAAGAUGCCAAUCCUGUUCCAUGCUGCCUUCCCAACCAGAGGCUGCUGGGAUGUCCCUUGGUGGAAUUUUGGGUUGAUUUAAGCUGAUCUCUCUCUGCCUUUCACAUCUCCUUCCAAAAUCUGGGGUUGUGCAGCAAAGGAGCAGCUGGCUUCAAAACCAGGGAUCAUCAGUCAAGGAAACCUCACAUUUGUGUUGUUGUACUUGAAAGAAAGGUGAAUGGAUAUGUUAUUUUCUGAUUAAUAAUUUUCUGAUUAAUUUGCUUUAGCUGCCCUUUGUUUGCAGGCUAGAGAGGAGAUUUUGAGGGAGCUGUGGCUGCUCCCCCUCUCCAGUGGGGUGUGGGGUGUGUCCCUGUCUUGGGAACAAAGAAACGAUCUUGCCAAACAAACUGUGUGAGUGCUCCAUCCUUGUUUUCAUCCCGAGGUGUUUCCCUGAAUUCCAAGGGGAAAUUUGGCUUGAGAGGCCCCUGGGGUGUUUCUCACUGGGAUCGUGCUCCUUCUCCAGGAGAUUUCCACCUUCCAGGAGGGAGCUGAGGCUGGGCUUUGGGGUUUGCAGCUGCACUGUCUGCUCAGGUACCAAGGGCAGCUUGAAAUAAGUUUUGCAGUUAGGUUUUGGUAAGAAACUUUGGAAAUAACAUUUCAGAGUUUGUUCUGUUGGAAUGAAGUCGCUCUGCUUUUGCUGGGAAUGCAAGGAAUCAUUCCAGGCAUUCCAGUUUUGUGCUGACUGCUCAUUUUCCUGAUGAAAACUUUUUAAAUAAAAUACCUUAAAUCAGCUUUUCA